AUGGAUGUUCAUGUCAUAUCCAAGAAGGAUAAUAGUGUGCAUACGACUAUCACACUAGAGAAUGAAGGUCUGGGUGAGCUAGGCAGCAAUUCUGUUAGGGUCAAGACAAAGUUGAUUAGUUUGACGUCGAAUAAUUUGAGUUAUGCGAGAGGAGGGAGUUUCCUUGGUUGGUGGAACACUUACCCUGUCCCUUCAUCCCUUCCCGAGCCUUACAACGAUACCAACGAUUGGGGUAUCGUUCCAGCCUGGGGAUUUGCAACCAUCACCAAGUCAAACAUCCCAGAACUUGCCAUAAACUCGACACUCUACGGCUUCUGGCCAACAUCAGCUGCACUAAUCGACUUAAAACUUGAACCAUGGAUGCAAAAGGGUUAUUUCACCGAAACAUCACCUCAUCGAGCAAAGUUGAUGACCGUCUACAAUCGGUACCAUGUUGUCUCUGAACCACUUCCCUCAGCCGAUGAAUUAGCAUGGCGAUCGCUGUUCUUUCCAGUCUGGCAAACGGGUCAUCUCUUAAGCCAAUACGUCUUCCCAGCUCCGAGUCAAUCUCAAAUUCCAAUACACCCACUUGGCAUGGGUGACGCGUGGAGCAAAGAUGAUGCCAAUCUCACAUCUGCUCUGGUGAUUAGCUUGAGUGCAAGUAGCAAGACUGGGAGAUCAUUUGCAUGGCAUUUGAGCAAGCGAGCGAAUGGUACCGGACCAUUAGGACUCUUGCAAGUCUCCUCCAUUCCCGAUGCUAUCUCCAACGCCGCCGAAACGAUGAGACUGGGCUUCCCUCAAAAAUCAGUAAGCUAUACUGAUCUCGAAAAUACCAUCUCUUCGAACUGGCUCACCGAUCUCAAAGCCGAGAAAAUCGUCAUCUUCGAUUUCGGAGCAAGAGACGGCGUGCUUGAAAUGCUCGCCGACACCCUUUACUCUCAUCCUACUCUCAUGGGUUCUCGAGUCGUGAUUCUUCAGGUCGGCUCUGAGCAGAAAGUGUAUAGCUCGACCGAGCUUGCGGAAUCUCAGGCCGCGUUUAAGAAGCUUUCGAAGAUUCAGGUUAAUACUUCGACGAUUAGGGAUUCGAUUCUUGCUACGGAGGCUGGGAAGCAUUAUUUUGAGGAGUCGGAUAGAUUGUGGAAUGAAUGGAGCAGAGAUCGCGAGAAUGUAUGCCUUGGUAUGAAGUUGGUGUGGGGAGAGGGGGUGAAAGGUGGGGAUGGGCUUGAAGGGGGGUGGGACAGGCUGUGUAAGGGAGCUGUUGGAGCGAACCAGGGGCUGGUUUAUAAUCUCUGA